UGGUACCUGAGGGUCCUGUGUCUCCUCUGUCCGGUCCUGGGAGAGAAUGGGACCCGGCCCAACGUCAUCCUGCUGUUAAUGGACGAUAUGGGGUGCGGAGACCUGGGUGUUUUUGGUGAGCCCUCCAAAGAGACCCCCAAUUUGGACCAGAUGGCAGCAGAGGGGAUGCUGUUUCCAGAUUUUUACACAGCCAAUCCUUUAUGUUCCCCAUCGAGAGCAGCUUUGUUAACAGGACGUCUUCCUAUACGGAAUGGAUUCUACACCACAAAUGCCCAUGCCAGAAAUGCUUACACCCCCCAAGAGAUAGUGGGUGGAAUCGCCGAUUCUGAAAUGCUGCUGCCAGAACUACUGAAAAAGGCUGGAUAUGUCAAUAAGAUUGUUGGCAAAUGGCACUUGGGGCACAGACCCAAAUAUCACCCAUUAAGACACGGCUUUGAUGAGUGGUUUGGGUCACCUAACUGUCAUUUUGGACCUUAUGACAACAAACAGCGACCUAACAUACCGGUGUACUGUGACUGGGAUAUGAUUGGGAGAUAUUAUGAAGACAUACAAAUUAAUCACAAGACGGGGGAGUCCAAUUUAACAGAGAUCUAUCUGCAGGAAGCUUUGAACUUUAUCAGUAAAUAUGGGACGACAAAGCAGCCGUUUUUUUUUUGUACUGGGCGAUUGAUGCCACUCAUGCUCCUG